AUGGCGCCCGCGCCGCCAGCACUAAAGAUGGCGCUGACGCAGAGAGCGGCGCGCUGGCGCGCAUGCGCGAGGAGGGCGGAGCGCGAUUGGAGUUUUGGCGGGUGCUUGGAGAGCGCGGGAGGCGGUGAGCCGGGCUGUGGGGGGAAGCCUGGGGAGAGUCUGUUUGGCCUUGGGGGCUCUGGAAGGAAUCCUGGUGAGAUUAUGGAUGGUGAUGAAGAUUUGGAUCUGUUGGUCUCCCUCCUGGAAGAAAAUGAGGAGGCUGAAAAGGAGAAUUCUCCUGAGGAGGAAGAUACCCCAAAGGAUGAGAAAGGAGAACCAGAUGAGUAUGAUGAGCUCUUUGAUGCAGAAGAUGAUGCAUCAUACACUGAGGAGGUGGAUGCUGACAGCAUAAUUGAUGAGCAAAAGGAGAACCUGGCUGUGCUGUUUGGAGAUGUGGAUGACCUGCUGGAAGAAGAGGAGGCAGAAAACACUGUCUUGGCUUCAGUUCCCAGUCAGGGAGAAGAGAAAACCAAUGAAGAAUUACAAGCUGAGCUGAGAAAAUUGCAAGAACAGAUGAAGAUGUUACAGGAGCAGCUGCAGAAGACUGCCAUUGGGCAGCAAUCCAGUUCAGGCCCUGAGCAGAAAGCCCCUGGCAAAUCUCUCUGUCCACCCUUAAAGGAAAGGAAAGUUCAGAAGCUGCAGGAGUCACUGUGUUUUUCUGCCCAGCUGGACAAUCCUUUACCAACAGCCAAGAGAGGAAACCAGAAAUCAAAAGCCUCCCCAGCAGAGACCAAGACUCCUCCCCCACGACAAGUCCUCAGUCUGGCAUUCCAGCCUCUCAAGUCUGCCCCAGGGAACACACCCAAUAAGGUGCCCAGAGAGAAGACUCCUCAAGUGCCUGCGUGCUCCAGUACAACGCUGCAGCCCGUGUCUGUGGAAACCUUCUCAGGACUGAGAUUAAGAAAACCCCGGGUCUCAUCAGCUGAGAUGGACAGAAAAAUGGCUAACAGGAGGCUGAUCCGGCUGUCCCAACUGAAGCACAAACUUGCUACUGAAAAUCUAGAGGAAACAGAUUGGGUAACAUUUGGAGUCAUAGUAAAGAAGGUCACUCCUCAGAGCACAAAUAACGGCAGAACCUUCAGCAUCUGGAGGCUGAACGACUUGCGUGACCUCAGUCAGUGUGCCUCGCUCUUCUUGUUUGGGGAUGUCCACAAAGAGCUCUGGAAGACAGAGCAAGGCACGGUCAUCGGGCUGCUCAAUGCUAAUCCUAUGAAACCUAAGGAAGGCUCAGAUGAGGUGUGUUUGUCUGUUGAUCACCCACAGAAGAUCCUGCUCAUGGGUGAAGCUCUGGAUAUGGGCACCUGCAAAGCCAGGAAGAAGAAUGGCGAUCCCUGCGCGCAGAUUGUGAACCUGAAUGACUGUGAGUACUGUCAGUAUCACAUCCAAUCCCAGUACAAGAAGCUGAGCUCAAAGCGGGCAGAUCUGCAGUCUACCUUCUCUGGUGGCCGCAUUCCCAAAAAAUUUGGUAGGAAAACCCCCAGUUUGAAGGAGAGGCUGUGUCAGGAUGGGUUCCACUACGGAGGAGUCUCUUCAACAGCGUAUGCGGCUUCAGUGGCAGCUGCUGCAGUGCCAAAACGGAAGGUUCAGACCACUCUCUCCAAUAUGGUGGUGAGAGGAGCUGAUGCAAUUGUCCAGGAAACCAGGCAGAAAAUUGGUGCAGCAAAGAGACCUAUGCCAUGUUCUGAGGAAUUCAAAGAACUGCUGGCACAGCCAACAUUUGGAGCAAGAAACCUCUGCAAGCACUGGACCAAAGCAGAUGCUGGAAAGAAGCAAGAGACUGGUUUCCAGUCUAUCUCUGCAUCAGCAUUGCUCAAACAACAGAAACAGAAAUUGCUGGAGGCCAGGAAAAAGCGAUCUGAAGAGAUUCAGAGAAGGUUUCUCCAGAACACAAGUAAAGCUGGAAGCCCUGCUCCCCCAUCCACCUCCAGGCAGCCUUCACUUCUGUCCCCAAAACCCGGGGCAGAAUUCCCUAAAGCUGCAAAAAUGUCAGUUCCUCCAAGGCCCAGGCUGGGCACGGGCUUCUCAGAAGGAGAAGAUAUCCUUUUCUUUGAUGGAUCUCCCCCUCCAACACCAAAGCUGGACAGCUUGGCAGAAGCCAAAAAGUUGGCUGCAAUACAGAGACUACGAGCAAAAGGCCACAUUCUUGCUAAAACUGAUCCAAACAGCAUCAAGAGGAAAAGAGCUGAUCUUGAUGAUGUCCUAGAAAUUGUUGAAAGAGUUGAGAAAAACAUUGCUCAAUCACAGAAAGCAGAAGCAGAGGAUGAUGUGGAUGAACAGGAACCUGCCCAGAAGAAAAGACGUGAGCAGCUGGCCUAUCUGGAGUCAGAAGAGUUUCAGAAAAUCCUGAAUGCCAAAUCCAAGCACACGAGUGUCCUCAAAGAGGCUGAAGCUGAGCUACAAGAGCAAUACUUUCAGCCGCUGGUGAAAAAAGAAGAAAUAGAAGAGAAGAUGAGGAGCAUUAAAGAAGUGAAAUGUCGAGUGGUAACGUGUAAAACGUGUAAUUACACCUACUUCAAGCCUCUGGAGACCUGUGUGCAGGACAACCACGACUACCACUGGCACGACGGCAUCAAGCGGUUUUUCAAAUGUCCUUGUGGCAACCGAGCUGUUGCCCUUGACAGGCUCCCAAAAAAGCCCUGCAGUACCUGCGGCCUCUUCAAGUGGGAGCGAGAUGGGAUGCUGAAGGAGAAAAAAGGUCCAAAGAUUGGCGGAGAAACGCUUCUACCACGAGGGGAAGAACAACCAAAAUUCCUCAAUAGCCUGAAGUGACCUGAGGGUGAUGUUUUCCCAACACACGGAUGAAUUUCUAUGUCUAACCCACACGUUUCUUUACUGGAACGCCAGGAGGAUUCUGGCUUUAGGGAUGAAUGAGCAGAGAAAGCAAUUCCUUGUGAGAAGGGCAUCCACAAAGUCUUUGCCAAACCACUGCGUGGAUAUCCAGCUUUGAUCUUAAAAGUGACUGAAUAAGGCUGCAUGUGAAAUACACAUUCAUGUCUGCUCUUUUUUAGCAACAGCUUGUUUACAAGACUUAACCUAGAAAAGAGAAUGGUAGUGUGGAAUCUGUACUGAGAAAACCCUAGGAAUCCCCCAACUUAUGUUCAGCUGUACCAGAUUUUAAAGGGAAGAAAUCCUGAACUGGGAGGACUACAGACUCUACAGGCACUUGUGAAGUUAGUGGUGUGGUGUGUAAUGCCAACCUCGUGCUUUUUUCAGAUGGCAGAAAAAGGGUUAAGAGGAUUCUACUCACAAUAGUCCUCCUCACCCCAAAAUGCUCCCUUUGAUUACUCAGGAACAGAUUUCAGGUGGUUCCUGGGUCAUCAUCUUGACUUCUGACUUCAAAAAUGCAUCUGUGCCUUUGGCAGUGCAAGCUCACCAUGUCUGCACUGUAGAUUGGCCAGAGCUCCAUGCUGGAUUCCCACCACCAUCUGCACUCCAUUAGUACAGCUCCAGCUCCCGCUUUGGAAAGGGUAUUUUAAUGAAUCUGGCGCUGCUUUGUGAGCGCUUUUAAAGGGAGGAGUGCUUCCAUUUCAUAGCUUUUACCCUGAUUUCUCUCUCUUAAAAUCCUUCCCUGUUAUUACCACGCAGAACUCUGAUGCUGGCACAGCUGCCAGGGGGCCAGGAGCUGAGAUGAAGCAAAAGCAGGGUUCCCCUGGCUGGCUUAGCAGGAGGGCUGUCCUCACACAGACGUUCUCUGACAGCGCAGUGCUGUAGGGCUGCUAGCUGAAUUCAGCCAGCUUUACCUGAACCUGGUUUUUCUGUUGCCUCUGACUUGUGCUCAGUGGGUGUUUUUAGGUACCUGGAAUCACCAGCUCUGUGUUCUGGUGAAACAGCUGCAAUCUCCUGUCCCAGUGGCCCCAUCAAUACCUCUUCAGUUUGCUUGCACAAGGGCUGCAAGUAAGUGACUGUUUUGAGCAUCUGCCAGUUUACCUCCAUACUCUGCAGCCCUCAUCUCCCAGUGGUGCUUUUGCUGGGCAGAUUUGCUCAGCACAUUCCAUUCAUUUCAGUCUUGUUUUGACGCCGUUUGUUGGGCGGCAGAGGGGUGUCACUGACUGGUGACUGCAACUAUGGAACUGUGACACUGCUUGGAAAUGUCUCCUCUUGACUCAUUCAAAAUAAACACUGUGCAAUAGAGUGCCUCCCUGGGUUUGUAUGGGUUCAUUUCUCUAAGGAAGAGGAUUUUCCUUUUCCUCGAGAGUUCUUUGCUGAAUCACCAAAAGAAAUUGUUUCAUGGUCCAUAACUGGCACCCACACAGUUGUGCUGUGUGUUUGUAUUUUUUUCAUUCACACAGGCAUUACUCAUUUGGAGUCCACAAAAGCAGAGUGAAAUUCUCCAUCAGCUUCAGGGUUUUGCCAGCUCCUCUCUUGGCCACUGGAAGGGAAGCUCUGCAGAAAUGAAACUGUCAGAGGUGAGGUAGAUGCCUCCUUCAGAGGGAAGGACUGAAAGCAAUGGUAUCCAUUGAUCCCUGUAUGCAAAAGCAGGGUGAGGGUACCAAAAUCAAUUGCUCUGCUUAAAUCCAGCAGUAAAUGAGGGGGUGGUGGGGGCUUUAUUUUACCAAUUCCAUGUGCCUCAGUCCAUUUUUAGAGCUACUUCUGUCAGAGAUGGCUCCAGCCCAGCAUAAGCAGGCAGGAGGAGAGUGACCCUGUGAGUGCAGAAACCCCUGCCGUUUCCUCUAAACUGUUAAGCAAAACUGCACUGGAAGAGAAACACUGCAAGUGCAUUGUCAGAGCAACUUAAGAAAGAUUUGCAGAGAGAGUUGAUAAAUCAGCCCCUUUUGGCAGUCAGGAAAUGUUCACCUGCAGAUACAGUGUGCCCUGCGAGCACAGCAGGAAGAGCAGGAUGAGCCCCCUGUGCUCAUAAUCGCCUCCUGUGAAAUUAGGGCUGGUGUUUGGUACCUCAGCCAGCCUGUCUGUCACGAGCCCUCUGCUGCUGAAACGUUCACUCAGAGCACCUUGCCCUGCUGCCACCAAUUAUCUUUCCUUAGGUUCUACAAACGUCUGACAUAAAUCAAACCUGUGGUGUUUUAUUCCUCUGUGCUAAUCAGUGUAGUCUUAUCACCUCUCAAGCCAGAUUAAUGAAAAUUAACACCCUUCUAAAUAAAUACACACUACUAAAGGAUCACCCUUUUCGCCCAUCCCUGUUUGACGGCAGAGCCGGGCUGCCUCCCUCCACAGCCUGAUAGGAGGGGAAGCGGUGAAAUGAGGAUUGGCACAGAAUGCCCUGGAGGAAGGGCAGCUUCCUGCAAGGUGCAAACUGCCCUUCCUCCAUUGGGGUUGCUGCAAGGUCAGGGCGCUGUGCAUGAACUCAAUAAGCUGCCUGGCAAGCCUUAAGAAACACAAUAUUGCAUACAAUCUAAUAGUAAUAACUUCAUCUAAUUGUAAAUGCCAUUAUGUUUUAAGAUCAUAGAAUCACUCAGGUUGGAAAAGACCUUAAAGAUCACUGAGCCCAACCACAACCUGACC